CGUUCGGUGGAAGAUUCUGCACUAGAUUUUGCUAAAAUCGGUGGUUUAUCGUGUUAAGCAAAGUGCAAAACGCCAAAAUCAAAGUCUCGUUCUUCUUCUUCUCUUGUGCUCAUAACACAAGGUUUAGGUCUCUUCUUCCAUUCAAUUUCAAACGCUGUGUGGGUUCACGAUUCACGAACAAGAAGAAGAACGAUGAAGAGGGUCUUCGGUGCCAAGAAGAACAAGGAUCCCCCUCCUUCUAUUCAGGAUGCCUCUGAUAGGAUUACUAAACGAGGUGAUACAGUAGAUGAUAGGAUUAAGAAGCUUGAUGCUGAACUUAAUAGAUAUAAAGAACAAAUCAAGAAAACAAGACCUGGUCCUGCCCAGGAAGCUAUUAAAGCUAGAGCCAUGAGAGUUCUUAAGCAAAAGCGAAUGUAUGAAGGCCAACGUGACAUGCUGUAUAAUCAGACAUUCAAUCUUGAUCAAGUUCAAUUUGCUUCUGAGGGCAUUAAAGAUGCUCAGCAAACUAUGUCAGCUUUGAAGUCUGCCAACAAGGAGUUGAAGGGAAUGAUGAAAACUGUGAAGAUCCAAGACAUUGAUAACUUGCAAGAUGAGAUGACGGACAUGAUGGAUGUAAGUAAUGAAAUCCAAGAGACUUUGGGUAGAAGCUAUAGUGUGCCCGAUGACAUUGACGAGGAUGAACUUAUGGGCGAACUUGAUGCACUGGAAGCAGACAUGGGAAAUGAGACUGAAGCUGAUGGGGUCCCCUCCUAUCUCCAACCUGAUAAAGAACCUGAUUUGGAUGCAGAGCUUAACUUACCUUCAGCUCCAUCAGGACAAACGGCAGUGCCACCUGGCAGAUCUGGUGCCCAUACUGAGGAUGAACUGGGUUUACCUGCUGUUCCUCGGGCAUCCCUACGCGGUUAGUGAAUGUUUUUUAUGUCAUUGGCUUAGCUGGUGCAGGCACGAGCAAGGCCCUGUAAAGAUGUGCAGAACUUGAGAAAGUUGAUUGUUACAGUCAUUUAAUUGAUCUUGUGUUGGCAUUAUUUGACUUAUUACCUUUUUUUUUCUUGUAAUAAACCUUAUGGAAGCAUAUUGGAUAUUUGUUUGAAAAGACUGACACGAAAAAAAAAAGAAGGAAAAAUGUUACCGGAGUUUGGCAAAAGCUUGGAACUUGUUAGUCAUGUUC